CUUUCAUUACUGCACAUUUGGUCACCAUGCCAACGAUCACAGUCCUAGUCCCGCUGCAACCUCCUCAUGGUUGCGAGCUCUGUUUGCCCAUACCAAGGGACUACAUUGAUCAUGCAGGCCUCGUCCGACAUCUGAAGAGGGAGCAUGGCACCUCCUUGCACUUCGAGUGCCGCGCAUGCGGCCUCAUCUCUGAGAAGCUCAAGGCUCUUAAGGCCUAUCAACGCCGUGUUGAAGCCUGUCGGGCUAGCAUUGAAGCCGGCUCCCCUCCGCAUCCACCUCCCGCCGAUCGCCGUAGAAGGAAUAUACCUCUUAGGCCCCGAAGGACCUACAACAAGGCGCAACCUCAGCAAAACAACAUCUCUCCUUCCUCGGCUAGCGACCAGUCUUCACACUCUGUUGCCAUGUCCUCUCCGUCCUCCAGUGCCAACACCUCACGACGUAGAAGAAUCACACGGCCCGUCCAGAGUAUCAUCGACAACACCCAGAUGUCUCCUGUCCCGCAGCAGACCUCACCAGUCACGGCACCUACCUCCCCCAGUACUUGGAGGGCGGGAAACCUGUCCUACAGCCAGGUCGUCAGUCAACCACCGCCGAACCACCGCCGAACCACCCCCAUCUCAGCCCAAGGCACAACAGGACUCUACCCAGGACAACGCUCGUAGCCCGCCGUGUACUCGCACUUCUACCGAGGCCUGCAACCGCCACCUCGAUAGGACCCCCCUGGCCUCUCCUUCUACCAGUCCAUCUUCGCCUCACCCCACUGCAACAAGGCCCAGGAGACGCCGACAGGUGCCUCGCCAAGUCAGCAGCCGCACCCCCAGUCCUGCCAACACUUCACGCCAGCCUGACCCAGGGCCCGUGUCUGUCUCCACCACCCACCAGGACCCCGGCAGCCAUGCAGCACCUCGCAGAAUCCCGUCAGCAAAACCACCUCACCACCUUCCUCCGCCGGAACCUCUUCCAUUCCCAGCUGGGUCGCAAACUGGAAGCAUCGGUUCGACAUGGCCAUCGAUGGAGAUAUGCUUGAGGUAAUGGUAAAUGAUCUUGUUGCUUUAGCCCAAGACAUCUGCGCUGUAGCCGACACUGCUAUCCAGCCCAACGUGCCAUCCACACCACAACACCCCAUCGCUGCAGACGCAAGACGGAUUCAAAGACUUUACAAGGUCAACAAAAAGAAGGCCGUCAGCUUCAUCAUGGAAGGACGACCCAAUUACUGCAACAUUGACCGUCAGGACCUGCAGACUCACUUCAAGCAAAUAUAUGCCUACAACCAGCAACACCACCCAUCAGCCCCUCCAGUUGCACCACCUGACCCCAUUCCUGAUCUUAAUAAUCCAUUAGCCGAACCUUUCACUCCUGCAGAGGUAAGUUUCCGCCUAAGGCGUUGCCACAACACGGCCCCAGGCCCUGAUGGCUUCCACUAUCACCACUGGGCCCGGGUCGAUCCGCAAGGGAUCAAACUCUCCAGUGUGUUCAACGCCGUGCUAUGCACCUCCUACAUUCCACCAUGCUGGCAGUGCUCUAACACCAUCUUGAUGCACAAAAAGGGCAAUGUCAACAACAUCGGCAACUGGCACCCCAUUGCCCUUUCCAACACCCUCGGAAAGGUCUUUGCUGCCUGCCUCGCCAACAGGCUGCUGAACUGGUGCAAGAACCAUGACAUUCUCUCUUGUGCCCAAAAGGGGUUUCUUCAGCACGAGGGCUGCCUCGACCACAACUUCCUUUUACAAACCACCAUACAAGACGCCAGGAGGAA